AACUUUAGAUGCCAAACCUCGUUCAGGCGGGCGUUUCGCUCAUCUCGCGGCGGUCGACCGAGUCUGAAGCCGAAGUCGCUGCCGAGCAGUCUGCCGAGGAGAUCCAUGUCGCGACUUCGACAAGUUUGCUGCUCCUGCUGGGCUUGCUCAUGCUGACCGUCAUCACGGUCUGGAUUUUCCACAUCCGCCACUUCCGCUUUGUCCACGAAACGGGUCUCUCCAUCAUCUACGGUGUCAUUGCUGGUCUCAUCAUCAACUACGCACCAGGCGACCACAGCAUUCAAAACCGCACUGUGUUCGACUCUGAAAUCUUCUUCUAUGUGCUGCUCGUCCCGAUUAUCUUCCACGCCGGCUAUUCGCUUAAGCAGCGCCACUUCUUCCGCAACAUUGCUGGUAUUCUUGUCUAUGCUUUGAUCGGCACGACGAUUUCUACCUUUAUCUUUGGCGGCAUCAUGUACUGGUAUGUGGCUGCAGGCAACGAGAACAUUGACAUGGGUAUCGUCGACUGCCUCUCGUUUGGUGCCCUGAUCUCCGCCACCGAUCCCGUCACUGUGCUCGCCAUCUUUUCUGAAAUGCGCGCCGACGUCGAUUUGUACGCUCUGAUGUUUGGCGAGAGUGUCCUCAACGACGCCGUCGCCAUCGUGCUCUUCCGCACGAUCGCCUCCUACCAACCCGGCCUCAACAAUGCCUUUGAUGCUGCCGGAUUUUUCAAGUCGAUUGGCGUCUUCUUGGGCAUCUUUGUCGGCUCCAUGGCUAUCGGCCUCGCUGUUGCAAUGGUCACUGCGCUCUUCAUGAAGCAGUCCACGAUCAAGCACCACCCGCUCUUGGAGACGGCCGCUUUUGUUCUCCUUUCGUACAGCAGCUAUCUUGCUGCUGAGGCUGUUGGCUUGUCUGGCAUCGUGUCUGUGCUGUUCACCGGCAUGGGUCAAGCCCACUACACCUUCAACAACCUCUCCGAAGAGUCCCAAAACCGCACCAAGCAGUUCUUCGAGCUCCUCAACUUCCUUGCCGAGAACUUUGUCUUUUCUUACCUCGGUCUGUCGCUCUUCACCUUCCCCAGCCACGUCUGGCGCCCAGGCUUUAUCAUUGUUUCCAUUCUUGCAUGCAUCCUCUCGCGCAUGUGCAACGUCUUCCCUCUGUCGUUUGUGCUCAACCUGUUCAAGAAGCCGUACAAGCGCAUUCCCCUCAAGUUCCAGCUCAUGAUGGUGUGGGCUGGCCUGCGUGGCGCCAUCGCGUUCUCGCUUGCCUCGUCCGAGACGGUCACCGAGGCUCAAAAGAUUAUCUUGACGACCACCCUCAUGAUUGUUCUCUUCACUGUGCUCGUCUUUGGCGGCGGCACGACCAUGAUGCUGCAAUUCCUCAAGAUUCGCGUCGGCGUUUCGGAUGACGACGAGGUCCCGACCAGCAACUAUGUCUCCAACAGCAAGCAAAACCCGCUUGCCAACCACCAACCCCAAGAAGGCCAGGCCAGCUUGGUGCGCCGCUUCCUCAACUUUGACCAAAACUACCUCAAGCCCGUGUUUGACAGCCGCUACGUUGACGUAGCAGAGCCAGACACUGGCUUUGGCUCUGUUCUGGCAUCCUUCAAAAACCGCAAGGGCCCUCGACCCGUGCCGGUGGUGGAUGCCAGCCCCGACGAGCUUGCUGCGAAGGGAAAGACCCGGCUAGAUCGCGACGGCGAUGACGAAUCGCUCGACGACACACCAAAAAUCAGCGGUUCCUCGUCUGUCAAGCUCCAGCUCGGCGAUUAGACGUGAAUUUUGAGGAUUUUCAUUGUUUGGAUGUGUUGUUUUGUUUUGACGUGAAUGUUUCGAUGUUUUCUCUUUUUGUUGUUUGUGAGCUUUUCGAGUGUUUUUGUCUGUCGAUUGAUGUUUGUUGCACACCUUUCUUGCGGCACUCCGAGUACUAUUUCUUUUUCGAAUUACCUGAA